GGAUCUCCGCCGAGCGCCAAGUAUUAGAUUUGUGACGUCGAGAGCUCCGCUUCGCGAGAGGUUGCCAACGCCAAGUGCCCAGAUACACAGAGACACACACAGGCCCGACCCCGUCGCAGUAAUCCUCUUUGCCAGUCCAGAAACCAACGCCAAAAACCGAACCAAGAUGGCCGCCCCAGCACCAGCACUCAAGGACCUGCCCAAGGUGGCCGAGAACCUGAAGAGCCAGUUGGAGGGCUUCAACCAGGACAAGCUGAAGAACGCCAGCACCCAGGAGAAGAUCAUUCUCCCCACCGCCGAAGACGUGGCCGCCGAGAAGACCCAGCAGUCGAUCUUCGAGGGCAUCACCGCCUUCAACCAGAACAACUUGAAGCACACGGAGACCAACGAGAAGAACCCGUUGCCCGAUAAGGAAGCCAUCGAGCAGGAGAAGGAGAAGAAUCAGUUCAUCGCCGGCAUCGAGAACUUUGAUGCGAAAAAGUUGAAGCACACCGAGACCAACGAGAAGAACGUGCUGCCCACCAAGGAGGUGAUCGAGGCCGAGAAGCAGGCUUAAGCAGGGGCUCCGCUGCGAUCCGAGAUCCGCGGCGAUCCACUGCGAUCCACUGCGAUCCACGGCGAUCCUCACCUCAGUCACCCCGUCGCCACCUUUCGUCUCGCCGCAUCUCAACUCUCUUUGUACGCAUAAAGCUAUUCGCUCUCAUUUCUCCACUGCUACCGAGUAUUUCGAACCGCUGCGCAUGCGCGUGGUCGCAAAAGUAUUUUACCAUUAUCAUAUUCCGGUCGUUUUUUUUGCGCCCUACUUUUUAUACUUAUAUACGUAUCCUUUUUGUACUAACAAGCAGGGAGCCAGUCUCCCCCAGUCCUACAGCGUAGUAACAUGAAAUAAACCCAAGCCCCUGUCUAUCCCAUAUACUUGUGCAUAAAUGUUUUCAAAACACACGACACUCACACACACAUCAGCUCGAAGGGAACGGAAAUCGCCGACACAAAGCAAUACGACAGCCAACUCACUCAAAAAUACACGAGAAAUACUUUUUAAAAGACACGAAACCACGUAUGAAGCGUAUAAAACAGGAAAACAAAAAGAACUACGGUAGAAAGCAUCUAUAUGAAGAGUAUGUGUAAUUUUUUAACGAACUUUUUUUUAUAUACUUUACAUACGAUAUAUUUAUACUGGGAAAAUAAAACAUAAAUGUAACAUUUUAUAACAAAACGUACUAAAAA